UAUGAAAACCAUCGAAGAAGUAUACGACAGCUAAAAGUAAAAGAAGAAGAACAACGAGAAUGUUAUACAGAAAAUAGAAUCAACGAACAACUGUUUAGUAAACCUAAAUCAAUCGUUGUCGCAUCGUGAUAUCUACAGUAAACAGAGCAGAGACAACUUUUACUUUAAGAUGACGGAGCCCCAAUCAGUGCUGUUACUGAGGAGACAGCUGGCAGAACUGAAUAAGAACCCAGUGGAAGGUUUCUCUGCAGGCCUAAUAGAUGAGAAUGACCUCUACAGAUGGGAGGUCCUCAUCAUCGGACCACCAGAUACGCAUUACGAAGGAGGUGUGUUCAAAGCACAUCUGACAUUUCCAAAGGAUUACCCUCUCAGGCCACCAAAGAUGAGGUUUAUCACUGACAUAUGGCACCCCAAUGUUGAUAAGAAUGGUGACGUCUGUAUUUCCAUUUUACACGAGCCUGGAGAGGACAAGUAUGGCUAUGAGAAGGCAGAGGAGCGCUGGCUGCCCAUCCACACGGUGGAAACCAUCAUGAUUAGUGUUAUCUCCAUGUUGGCAGACCCAAAUGGGGACUCGCCUGCUAAUGUAGAUGCUGCUAAAGAAUGGAGGGAGGACAGACAUGGAGAAUUUAAGAGGAAAGUUGCACGUUGUGUGCGAAAGAGCCAAGAGACUGCGUUUGAGUGAUACGCAAUGUUCUAGCAUCAGAUUUUCAGGGUGUCCAAAUGAAAUUCAGCAUGGCACUGUCUCCCGCACUUCCCACCCUGUCACAAGGCUUGUUCUCCUCCACCUUGUCAGGAACGGGCUGGCUAACUACACAACAUCCCCGUGACCACAGCGGCUGACCGACCACCGUCAAGCAAGUGCCAACUCGGAAAAAAACAACAAUAAGACAACUGAACAAUUUUUUUUCUCGAAGUCUAUGGACUGCUUCAACAUUCAGGAAAAUAUUGUAAAGACCUGUAUAUAGCACCGACGAAAACCCGGAUAAUAUAUUAACUCUCCAUCCAGCAAGACACUUAGACCAAAUGAAUAGCGCUUGUUUAGCUAGAACCUCUCUUGUUUACUUUUUACGUCUCACCCCCCCCCCCCUCCCUCCUUUUAGUGUGCAUCAUUUACUGGUUAAGAUUGUUUUAAUGAGAGGGAGCAGAAGCACUGUGAAUCUCACGGUAUUGGUCUGGUUCAUGAAAGACAUGCAUGUCUUACUCUUUCAUCCCUCAUCUGAGUAUGUUGUUUGUUUACUACCCCCCUACCAGCCACCCAUCCACCUCCACAGCUGAGGGUCAGUUGCCGUCAGAAAGGGAACGCGCUCAUGCAUGCUCCGAGUCUUCUCUUGUGUCUUUUUCAAAAGUGCCUCCUGAUUUAGCAAAUAAAUUCUUGGCCACUCCACCCUGCAUUGAACAAGAGUUGAGUUUAACAAACGUUGGAGGAAAUGUAUUUGCGCAGAUUUAUUUAAUGAUUGAGGCCACCCAGAAGCUAUAUUAUUAGAGUUUGGGUAACUGUAUGGUGUAGCAAUAACUCCUCCUUGUGUGCAUUGAAUGCAACAACAAUUUUGGGUCCUGAGAACAUUGCGGGUGGAUUUGUCUGUCAUUUAUUUUAGCAGCCUGUUUUUUUUUCUCCUAUGUGUCAUCCCUUGUUAGAUAAUGGUAAUGCAUGCUUUAUCUUUAGUUUACUUUUAUUUUUAGCUGAGAGUUAUGGGGAUUUGAUUUGAGAAUGUUUUGCGUUGUGUUUGUGCACUGUAUGUGUGCCCUUCCCUUUUUUUCCAUCUUCAUAACCUGAAUGUUCAUUCUGUUUCUGGUGUACUGUUUCAGUUUUGCCUAAUGUACAAAGACAAAGUACUUAUGUAUAUUUUUCAUGUUAUGAAAAUUGUCACCUGUAGUGCGCUCUUAUAAAAUGACCUUUUUUUGCAAUAGUUCUUGGUUUUAAUCUUUUUUUAAAUAUAUAAUGGCACAGUAUGGAUGGUUUCAUGUUAAAUAAUUGAUUAAGAGUUAAAUAAGUACUUGAUAGGUUAGAUUUGACUAAUUUGUUUUAUUACAUAGUUCAUGGUUCGAAAUUAUACUGUUGCUUGAGGAAAGCAUUAAUAGCAAUUUGACAAUUUAAAAAUGCAAUAAUGUUAGUUUCAGUUUCAUGUCUGUUCCCUUUUUACAGCAAUUAUUUGCAUGUGUGCUUCAACAUUGUAAGUAUCAAGUUUCCUCAAUUGGUUGCACUCAAAUCUGCUCCUUUUGCAAAUUUAAUGCUGGCACAAUGUAGCAAGUUGGAGGCAUUGAAGCUUCAAAAUAAAAAUUGCACUGUUGAAUACAUACGGAUAUCUGGGGAGGGGCUGCGGUUGCAAUUUGACUUACACACAAAGCUCAAAUUUCGGGUUUUAAUAUAAAUUGGAUUUCGAUGUAGACAUUAGAACACAGCCGUGAAAUCCAUCCAUCUUCUUGCUUGUUUUAGGUCCGG